GAGAUCACAGAAUCCAUACCCUUUUCUUAGUUUCAAACUCAACUUUUCAGGGUCUUUUUCUAUAUUAGGAACAAACAAGUAACCUUAACCUUAGUCUUUGCUAACUGUUCAUAUGAUGAAUGCAUCAAAGUUCAUUAAAUGUGUCACUGUUGGGGAUGGAGCUGUUGGGAAGACAUGCAUGCUCAUUUGCUACACCAGCAACAAGUUUCCCACUGAUUACAUACCCACAGUGUUUGAUAAUUUUAGUGCUAAUGUGGCUGUGGAUGGGAACAUUGUGAAUUUGGGGCUAUGGGACACAGCAGGUCAGGAAGACUACAGCAGGUUGAGGCCACUGAGUUACAGAGGAGCAGAUAUUUUUGUGUUAGCAUUCUCAUUGAUUAGUAGAGCUAGCUAUGAAAAUGUUCUCAAGAAGUGGAUGCCGGAAUUGCGUAGAUUUGCACCUAAUGUUCCAAUUGUUCUUGUUGGUACAAAGUUAGAUCUUCGUGAAGAUAGGGGAUAUGUUGCUGAUCAUAUGGGAUCUAAUGUCAUAACAUCUGCUGAGGGGGAAGAACUGAGGAAACAAAUAGGUGCAGCAGCUUACAUUGAAUGCAGUUCGAAGACUCAACAGAAUGUCAAAGCAGUUUUUGAUACUGCUAUCAAGGUUGUUCUUCAACCUCCAAGGAGAAAAGAAAUGGCAAGGAAGAAAAGGCAAAGAAGGUCUGGCUGCUCAAUUGUAGGUAUUGUGUGUGGAAGCUGUGCUGCUUAAUGCACAACAAUUUCACCAUCACCUACUUUUGAUUUGGAUGCUAUCUUGCAAAAGCUUCAAGCUUCAAGCUUCAAGGUUUCCACCCUGACACAUCUGAACGCACAU